CCCGGAGUCCACAUUAAAAAUCCGUUCUUUCCCCUCUUUCCCUCCUCCCUCUCUCUCUCUCCCUCUCCCCGCGAGAUCAGAGAGAGACACCUGAGAUCUCGCCGGAAAAUGGGCAGGUACACGAAGAAGCCAAAGAUCGCCGGCGAAAUCUCGGUCGUGGAUGUCUCUCAGACGACAACCACUCUCGGUUUCCGUACAAGAGCCGCCAAAAACCUCGCCUUGCAGCGCCUCCGCUCUCUCUACCCUUCUCCGGCGACAUCGGUGGAAGCAGAUUCCUUCCGUUACCUCCAGCUUCGGAGCCGCCGUCUCGAGAAGCAUUCGUCACUAACGGAAACGAGGAAACAACCGCAACAUCAGCAGCUGAGACAGCGUGUCUGUAACAGGGAAACGAGAAACCCUAGGGCUAAACCCACUUCGGUGAAAUCCGCGUCUGGAACGGUGGCUCCGGCGCCGGAAAAUAAAGGGCACUUCGGUAAUAACGAGGGGAUUGGUGGGUCUGAUAGUAAUUUUGAUGAAGCUUUGUCUGGAGAGAACAGUUUCGACAUCGAACCGAGAGCCAGGAGUACGAGGGAAAGCACGCCAUGUAACUUGGUUUCAGACACAGAAACUGUCCGAACCCCUGGUUCAACCUCGAGACGGAGAAGCCCCGUUAGAACCCAUGACAGAGCUCGGGAUGGUUUGCUUGGGAUUGUUCCUUCAUCCCGUGAAAUAGAAGAGUUCUUUGAAUGUGCAGAGCGGCAAGAACAGCGAUUCUUUAGACAGAAGUACAACUUCGAUAUCUUGAAUGAAGUUCCGCUUCCCGGGCGUUUCGAAUGGGUUAAAAUGGCGCCGUGAAUGGUGCUGAAGGAUGCAGCUUGAUGGUACAUUAUGUUUCCAGUGUAAAAAAAGUGUGUAAUUUAGGGAGAUCUGUAUAACUUUAACAGAGCCAAUAAAUUACACAGACUAACAACUUGUCAAGAAACUCAGAAAUAAAGGAGAUGAUGAACUGAGGAGGAGGGUUUAAUUGGAGGAUUAGGGUUUAGGGUUUAGAAACUUGUAGUCUUGGAACAAAAUUCACAUGUAUUACAGCUAACAUGUUAGUUGAGGCGUUGUAAUGUGAAUCUCUCUUGUUUUACCAUAAAAUAAGUUCCUUGAA